UAACACACACAAAAAGAAAAAAUAGUUCAAAGAUUUUAAACCAAGAAAAAUAUGGGGCGUCAAGUUAUGAUAUUAUGUAGUGUUUUGGUGAUGUUUUUGAUGAACGGUUGUUCCGUUUUUGGUGAGACUAUAGCUGAGGAGUGUAGUAGUGAGUUGCAGAAGGUGAUGCCUUGUCUGAGCUAUGCCACCGGAAAAACGAAUACUCCGACGAAGGAGUGUUGUGGUGCGACGAAGGAGAUGAAGGAGAGUGAUCCGAAGUGUUUGUGUUAUAUGAUGCAGCAGACACAUAAUGGGAGUGAGCAGAUUAGGAGCUUGGGGAUUCAAGAGGGUAGAUUGCUUCAGCUUCCUUCUGCUUGUCAGCUGCAAAAUGCUAGUGUUAGUUUUUGCCCUAAGCUCCUAGGGAUACCUCCCAACUCACCAGAUGCUGCAAUUUUCACAAAUGUAACAUCAACAACAGCUCCAGCUGCCAGUACAGGAACAUCAGCACCGGAUAAAUCGGCUAAUGACUCCGCUGGUACUAAGCAUCGGCCAUUCUUACCGAGUCCUUUGGCGGUUGCUAUUCCCGUCUUUAUCUACAUUUUCACUGCUGGAUCUACCUCUAUGUUCUAAACUUGAGGAUCUAUGCCACAAAAUAGGAACAGUGAAACCUAGACCCUGCAUUCCCUUUUUUUUGUUGUUGUUUUGUUUUCUCAACACACUCGGAUUUCAUUUGAGUUUCUUUGCAUUUUAUUCUCGA